GGACUCUAUAGCCAUAGAUUAGGAUGUCUUUCCGGUAUGGGGGCCCUAGGCGGUGGGGCUACACCUUGGAUCGCGACGAUGUCCCCAUGGGAGGGUUCGUCCGCAUCCUGUUUUGUGAGAACGGUCGGGUUCAUUCUGGAUUUGUCAUGUGGCCUUCGGACAUCCAUCAGAAGCAACCGCGUCCCUGGCCCAUCCGUUGGAUCAUCUCUAUCCACCGCGGAAACGCUUCAGGUCGUAUAGGUGGGAUCCAUGGGAUCAAUAAGAAGAAUAACGGUUAA